AUGAAGAGAACAAAUAUAAUUAAUGGUGAUGAAUAUCAUCAGAUACCGGUGAACGAAGAUUUCUAUGAGGAAGAAGAAGAGUCCGCUUCAUCUAGUAGUGGACAUGCUAUGGGUGGUGCUGCUUCUCCCUCCUCCUCCUCUUCACAAUCCAAUAACAACUUCAAACAACAUGAACUCACAAAAACAUUGGCCUCUCAAAAUAGAUACGAUCUACGUUUGUUUAUUCGUUUGAUUCAUAUCAUUAAGCUGCUAUAUUCCUCGCCAAUCAUUCCUGGUAUCAUGGUGCUGUUCCUCUUGGGACUGGCCAUUUCUCAGACCUAUGCUUCCAGUCUCACUGGAAAGCUGCUCGCCAACGUCUAUACCUACUUGGCCGACGGUGACACACACUCAUUGCUCAGAUCGUUGCUUUUCGGUUUGUUCUCGCUGACUUUGUCUGCCCUGUUGGAUUCCACCAUCAAGUUUACAGUUGGAAUCAUCGCUUGGCGCUGGAGAAAGACACUGUGUCUCACCAUUCAAAACCAAUACUUUGACAACAACUUGUUCUACCGAAUCAUGGCGUUCGACACACGUAUCGAUAAUCCCGAUCAACGUAUCACCUCUGACAUUGAUAACUUCACUACGUUGAUGGCCAAUGUCCUGUCGCAGAUGAUCACCGGACCGCUGGUCGUCGGAUACUACACCUUCUUGACGUGGCGUGGCAUGGGAUGGUAUGCACCGGCCAUCAUCUACGGAUUCUUCAUCCUCGGUUACAUUGCAAACAAAUUUAUCAUGUCACCACUUGUCUCAGUAUCCUAUCUUCAAGAUAAGCUCGAGGGUGACUUCCGUUAUCUUCAUUUACGUAUUCGUACAUUCGCCGAGUCUAUUGCACUUCAAAGUCUCACUCGUGACCCAACCGUUUCCCAGACCAUGGUUGAAGAAGAACAAGCUAAACAACAAUUCGAUGUAUUACUUGAAAAUAAGAAAAAACAAAUCUGUUGGCAAUAUGGUUUAAAUACAACAUCCGAUUUAUUUACAUAUUUAUCACCUCUCGUAAAUUAUCUUAUUAUUGCAAUUCCCUUAUUUAUUGGUACAAAGAAGACUAUACCAUUUGCAGAUGUAUCAGUUUUUUCAUACAAUUGUAUUAUGUUGGCAAGCGGUUUCAGUCAGUAUAUCAAUGUAACAGCUAACAUUUCCGAUUUAUCUAGUUAUAUUCAACGUAUUUCAACAAUGUUGGAAGUAUGUAAUCAAGUUAAGCAACAAAAAUACGAAGCACAACAAAAACAAGAGAAUGACAUCGUCAGCUCUACCGAAGUUCAAAAGCAAGUCGGUGAGCUCAAGGUUGAACCAUCGACACUUGAAAUAUUACUUAAAGAAGUAUCAUACUUUACACCAAAAGGUGAAUCAUUAUUUAAAAAUAUAUCAUUAUUAAUUGAAAGAGGAAGUAGUUUAUUAAUUAUGGGUCCAAGUGGCUCUGGUAAGAGUUCAUUGAUUCGUAUCAUCAAUGGUCUGUGGCCUUUCUUCUAUGGAAAGAUUAUCAAGCCUGCCAACGAGCAGAUGUUCUUCCUCUCGCAGCAACCGUAUCUGAUCUACGGUAGCUUGGAAGAACAGAUCCUCUAUCCCUAUACUAUUGCCUCAAAGAGAAUAUCGAAGCAACAGAUGCGAGAGCUAUUUGAGCGAUUCGAUCUUGGCUACCUGCUCGAUCGUGAGAGAGACAUCAUUGCUCGUGGUGAUUUGAAUGAUCUUACUCACAACUGGCUUAAUGCUUUGUCGCCUGGUGAGCAACAACUAAUCUCAUUCCUCAGGUUGUUGUACCACAAGCCGGUGUUUGCACUCAUGGACGAAUCGACCAGUUCCAUACCACAGUCAAUGGAGAAGAGAGUAUAUCAAGCAUGUAAGGAUCAAGGAAUAUCGACUAUAAGUGUUGGACACAGACAUUCUCUGACACAAUAUCAUCAAAAACUAUUGACACUUGAUAAACAACAUAAUUGGAAAUUACAAAACAUCGAUAACAGCAGCAACAACAAUGAUAACAAUAAGCUAAUAGAAACUGAUAGUAAUAAUAAUAAUAACAAUCAGCAGAGCAGUUUAAUAUGA